CAUGUAAGCCUAUCUAUGAGCUUCUCUUCUGCUGCUUGGUUCAAUCCAUCUCUGCAAGAGUUUGUGAACAUGGGUUGCCAUCACAAGUUUAGUCCCUCCUCCUCUUGCUUGCUGUCUCUGCUCAUCGUCUUCCACUUUGGUCUUGCAGUAGCCAUCACCCCAAAAUUGCUGUGGAACUACUGCCCAACUGAUGCAAACUACACAGCAAUGAGCGCGUUCCGCACCAACCUCAAUCUCCUCCUCUCUUCCCUCUCCUCCUCUACCGCCGCCGCCGCAGGGUUCUACAACGACACGGUAGGUCGACCUCCGAACCAAGUCUACGGCCUCGCGCUGUGCCAAGGAGACCUCUCCUUCGGUGACUGCCAGGGCUGCGCCAAUGCCUCCGUUCAAGCCAUCACCCAGGAGUGCCCCAAGGGCAUGAGCUCCACCAUAUGGUACGACAUCUGCAUGCUCCGCUACUCCAACACAAACUUCUUCUCCGCCGCCGACACUGUCUACAAGGUCUAUGAAAGAAACGUCAACAACGCGUCGGACCUGCAGAUCUUCAACCAGCAAUUGGGAAAUCUGAUGAACAGUCUCGCCACCGAGGCAGCGCGUAGCCCGUCGAAGCUGUUCGCGGCGGGAAGUGCGAACCUGACGAGCUUCACGAAGGUAUAUGGGCUGGUGCAGUGCACAAGGGACUUGUCCGCGGAUGAUUGCUACAGAUGUCUUCUUGACUCAGUGGGGAGCAUACCAAGCUUAUGCGACGGGAAGCAGGGGUGCAAGGUAUACGGACAGAGCUGCAGACUUCGAUAUGAAAUGGCCCCUUUCUAUAACAUUUCUGCAACAGACGUUGCCUCCUCGUCGCCUCCGUCGCCAGUCGUUCCAGUUUCACCUCCAUCGUCGCUGCCGACCGGUGGCAAUGAAGGAAAUAGUAAUGGAUCCAGGAGAACAGUUCUACUCAUUACCAUCCCUGUUGCUAUAGCCACACUACUGUUCCUUUGUGCCAUUUUUAUUUGCUGUGGAAGAACACAAGUAGGAAUUCGAAGAUGGAAACCACUCCCGCAAGUAUUCGUGAAUCAAGAUCAACAUGAAAUAAAUAGUGCAGAAUCUCUAUUGUUUGAUCUUGAGAGUAUUAGGGUUGCUACCGACAAUUUCUCUGAUGCAAACAAGCUAGGAGAAGGUGGAUUUGGACCAGUUUAUAAGGGCACACUAGAGAAUGAAGAGCUGAUAGCAGUGAAAAGGCUUUCGAGAAAUUCAGGGCAAGGACUAGUUGAGUUGAAAAAUGAAGUGCUUCUACUCGUCAAACUUCAACACAGAAACCUUGUCAGGCUUUUGGGCUGUUGCUUAAAAUCGGAGGAGAAACUACUUGUUUAUGAGUACCUUCCUAAUACAAGUCUUGACAAGUUUUUGUUUGAUUCUUCGAAAAGAAUGCAAUUGGACUGGGCAACGCGGUUUAAGAUCAUCGAAGGCAUCAGUCGAGGACUUCUUUAUUUGCAUGAAGAUUCACGGCUAAAGAUCAUUCACCGGGAUCUAAAAGCAAGUAACAUCUUGUUAGAUGCAAAUAUGAAUCCCAAAAUUUCAGACUUCGGUUUAGCCAAGCUUUUUGGUGUAGAUGAGACCCAGAGAAACACUAGUAGAAUCGCAGGAACAUAUGGAUACAUGGCACCGGAAUAUGCUUUUUAUGGCCUCUUCUCGAUUAAAUCAGAUGUGUUUAGCUAUGGUGUGCUGAUUUUAGAGAUUUUGACUGGUCAGAAGAAUAGUAAUUACCAAGGAUCAUCAUCCUCCGGGUGCUUUGUAGAUCUUAUUACUCAAGUUUGGCAGCAUUGGACUCAAGGAAAUAUCUUGCAGCUGAUCGAUCAAAAUCUAGUCGAUCAUUGUCCGACUCAAGAAGCAUUAAGGUGCAUGCAUAUAGGAUUACUGUGUGUCCAAGAAGAUCCAGUUCAAAGACCCACCAUGGCCAAUAUUGUUAUUAUGCUCAAUACUCACUCAGUCAGUCUUCCUGCACCUUCAGCUCCUGCAUUUGUCAAUCACAAUACCAUAACCACUGAAUUAGGUAAUGCAUUUGUCAAUCACAAUACCAUAACCACUGAAUUAGGUAAUGCUCUAGAAUCGAGCGGGAAUUCUAGCGAAAGCAAAGGGAAGGCAAGGAAUUUUUCUCAAAAUGAUGUUUCAAGCUCCGAGAUGGAGGCUAGAUAGCAGCAAUAAAGCCAAACUUCAUCUAAACAUUGUGUGUUUGUGUUUUUUUCAUCUGCAAUAAAUUGAACAUUGUAUCAUCAACGAACUUAAUGAAUUUUGAUUGAUAAAGUAAUUGUACAAUGC